AUGGCGUGGUCCAAGAAGACUCUCGCAAUUGUCGUUGUUCCGCUGCUGAUGGCUCUCCUUGCCUCAACCGUUCCAGCAAGCCAGGGCAGUCGUGCCCUGUUAGGAGCAGAGCAGUGCUCCAAAUCUGACUACUGCAACGAACAGUCGUGUGGGGCGACGUGCGCCGUCUUGGGGUUGAAUGUUGUUGGGACCCUCGCAAUUGUCGUUGUUCCGCUGCUGAUGGCUCUCCUUGCCUCGGCCGUUCCAGCAAGCCAAGGCAGUCGUGCCCUGCUAGGAGCAGAGCAGUGCUCCAAAUCUGACAACUGCAACGAACAGUCAUGUGGGGCGACGUGCGCCGUCUUGGGGUUGAAUGCUGUUGGGAGGGCACUGGGUUAUAAUGCGAUAGUUGGGACUCAUAUAGAUAUAGCUAUUGAUCAGUUCUCUAACAAUGAUGAUGAGACCAAUGCCUCACAGUUCGUCAUAACCUCUAGAACAUACAAUUCCGUAGCAUAUCCCGAUGACAACUCAAGGUUUUCUUGUUGCAAACUCCUCCGAUGA